UGCGUGCUGGUUUUCUUAUGGUUUUUUAAACCGCUUGCGAGUCAAUUGCGGAUACCUUUUGCGAAUUACAGUUUUAUUCUCUUUUCCGAACAAUGCCUCGAUCAUAUUCGCGUUCUCCAUCUAGAAAACAUUCCCGCCGUAGGUCCAAGUCGAAAUCAAGAGAAAGAGAUAAAUAUUCAAGCAGCCGAAGCAACGACUACUCCCGUUAUAGAUACUCCGAAGAACGCUCCUCGAAAUCUCGUUCCGUGGCCAGCACAUCAUCGCGUAGCAGCGCCCAUCGCUCCUCCCACAGUCGUCAUCAUGAGAGGGAUCACGAAAAAUCAUCCCGUACAACAGAUUACCGUAGCCGACGAAGUCCAUCGAAGGAACGUGAUAGAAGAGACCGGGGUCGGAAGCGUUCCAAUUCUCGGGAGCGAUAUUCGAGGAAGCGCUCCGACUCUACCAGUUCUAGCAGCAGCAACAGUAGCACUAGUUCAUCCAGUCGGUCAUCUUCUAGCAAUUCAGAUGAAUCGAAAAAAUCUAAAAAGUCCAGCGGAGAACCGUCUUCAAAGGACAAAGCUUACGUUUUUAAGUCGUUAGCUGGAGAAAAUCCCGGUGAACAUUAUUCUGAUGAUAAAACAAAGGUGUUGGAAAAGCUGAAUGCCGAUGAGUUUGUACCACAGAGCUUCGUUUCCAGUAAAAAAACAGUAAACAGCACAGCGACUACUGGGAAUAUAGUGAUCGACCUAGCUGCUCAAACAAUAAAGGUUCCAAAGGCCGAGGAGGAGCAGUCGGAGGAUCCCUUAUUUCAUCCAAAUUUUUUCGGUAAUGACGAUGAUCGAAUGACCCGUUGGGUUCGAAAACUUCUGGCCAUGCGACAAAAUUUGUGAAUCUAUAAUAUUAAAAAUAAAUACAAGAUCAAUUUGCAAUAAAUUUUA